AUGUUUGUCACUGGAGCUCGAAAUGCAAAUCUUGUAUCUGCAUCUUCAAGACCUAAAUUUGGAUUUGACCCAUCAGAGAGUUGCGAAGCUGUCCUUGAGAACAUAUCUCAUAAGCUGAAGGAUGCCGUUCUUACAGGAGACCAUCCUCUUCUUUCAUCCUUGAAAGAGCAAAGUGGUUUCGCAGUUAGAAAUCAGCUUGAACGUAUACUUUCAGUGGAUGAUGGUGAUACCAACCAUGUUGCAGCUACACUUGAAGAGAGCAACACGAAUACUCUAAAUGUUGCAGCAAGUGGUCAAUUAAUUCCUCUUAUCCCUGCAAAUGGGGAUGCCCUCUUGAAGAGAAGUUUGCCAGAUGAGAAAUUACUAGUAGCUAAGUGGAAUAUGAUUACCACUACUGAAAAUGUGGAAGGAUGGGGGUAUGAAUUUAGUAUCUUCACAUGCAAGAAAAAGUGUCCUCCUGGAGACUGCAAGAAUGAGCAUCCUUCACUGAAGGGGCUUGUUGGACAUCAUGAUGUUUUGCCUUGCCAAAGGCAGGUUCCUCAUGGUGAUUCUGAGUGCCAAAGGACAAAUCUGACAACGUACAAGGUCGAGACUAUCAUCUUGAUGAAGCAAAAGUUGAUAAGGAAGGUCUUUGCGAGCGUGUGGUAUAAUGAUGAGAAGACUGAUAUUUCCAUGAAGAAGCAUGCUUUCUUAAGCUCUCAGUGCACAUACAGUCAAGAUUCCUUGGCAAAAAUUGAUCUUUGCACGAAUUGCAGAAAGGGUGGAACUUUAUUGGUCUGUAGUUCUAACAGUUGCCUCACGACGUUUCAUGAGGGCUGCUUGGGUUCUGCGACAAUCUUUGAUGCGGGGGGUAAAUUUUACUGCCCUUUGUGUGCAUACCAUAUAGCAAUCUCAGAGUACAAUAAAGUUAAGAACAAGGCUUCUGUGGCAAGAAAGAACCUGGCAACCUUUUUUAGAAUUGGAACUAAAAAACGAAGAGAGGAAGUGUCCCUUAGAUCACGUAGGAAAACGAAAUAUCUACCAGAACCAGAUGAACAUUUGCAUGAAAAUAGUAAAGUGAACAACAUAAAUAUUUCUAAACGGACCAACAACACUCAGUGUAGGGAAGAUCUUAUAGCUGUCAGUGUAGCAGAGCCUUCAGUAUCAUGUGCUGGUGACAAUCCCCCUUCGGAGAAAAAAUAG